UUUUUUCAUCCUGUUCGUCCCAAAGCAAGUAUAUAAGUAGCAGAAGGCUAAAAAUUCUACUAUCUUGUCAAAAGAACAGCAGCAGUCGCUUUAUCUGUAGGAAUAAAGCCUCGGCGCCAACAAGAACUGCAUGAAGCUCCUGCCUACCAGUCUUAUUCCCCGAAGAAGGGGCUGCAGCUUUUUAUCGGGGUCAACUAGUACGGCACUGCUGCUCCUGGGACAGAAUCUGCAACGGAUCGACUUUUGUCUCGCCAGCAAGUGCAGUGAUGGUACCAUCUCCUUCGUCCUGGACGUUGGCAUGGAAGACGGGGCCACAAAAUUCGCAGGAUGCGAGCACCUCGCAGAGGUUCCUGUUUUUUCCGCUGACAGCACUGUCAAUGGUGCGGUCCACCCAGUAAGAAGCUGCGAGAACUUUUCCGCCGCAACGGACUGGUGCGAGGUGCGGCACGUGAAGACCGUUCUGCCGUAUAUUGGCGCGACUUUGCAGGAUCCGGACCGGUACUAUUUGACGCAACGGUGCCAGGAGCUGUGUGCAAAUGCGAAAACCUGCUCCGUCUUCGCGUCUCACAUGGGCGAGAGCGGCCUGCAGGCGGAACGGCACUGCCUUCUUGUCCAGGCGACGCCACACAAAACGUGUGGCGUCAAGUCGCAAAAGCUCGCCGCGGGGUAUCUGGUCUACGCGACUACGAAAGGAAUUAACCCCGUGGUGUCGAAUAAGUUCCAAAAUGCGUGGUACAGUGAGUACCAUGACCCCUACCAGUGUGCGAUCAGAGGCUCGAUGCCGAAGACCUGCUCCUACAGCAAAAGCCUACGGGAUCAAGUGACGACGAAGUGCAGCGACAGCGGAGUGCGACUAGGCGGGGCAGACGACCAAUCGCCCCGGGACCUCACAAACUAUAUCCUGGACUGCACCGGGACAGAAACCGCGACCCUCGGAUUUCAGCGAUUUCAGCCGAUGUACCGGGUCAUGAACCUGAGGAGUGACCAACUGGAGUCGAGGUGUGAAGCGGAGUGCAUUGCGUUCGGCUGCGACAUGUUCGCCACUCGGGAGAAUUUCGAUGGUGGGUCAGCACCUGGGGUGUGCACUUUGAUUUACGAGGUCCCGACACUAUAUCGGAAGAUAGAGGUGGCGGCCUAUUUUGCGCUGAGCGAAAAUGACGAAGCGAACCCCACGUUGAAGCAGCACAAGUUUCACAAAUGCACAGUGCCGGAGGAGGAGUCGAUGUCGAAUGGCUCCGGCUCCGACAGUACGGCUUCGGACGACGAUAGUACCUUCUUUUGGAUCUUUCCGGACCUGGACAAGGAGGGUUUUGGAUUGGUCGACUUCCUGGUGUACGUGGCUAUCCCGCUGGUGCUGCUCUACCUUUUGUGGUACGUCUACAACAAAUAUCAAAUGUAAAAAUGUCUGGGUCUGGAAUCUUGUGAUGCUGAGUGGCGUAGCAUGAGGAGGCCACAAGUGCUGGCUCAGCAUGACAAAUUUCGGAGCUUGUAGGUGUUGCCUAUUAUGCAUGACAAACUGCGUGGUCUCCGCAUGACAGAAAAGAACGUCUCUUGGGCAAUGUGCAUGACAGAUUUAAGAGUCAUGCCCGACAAGCAUGACAAACAUGCAUUCUUCCAGACCCAGACAUUUUUACAUUUGAUAACAAAAAGCAGCGCCGGGACAGGCAGUUUGCCAUGGGGGGCUAUCUGCAAUAUCAGUACAACCCGACCUGGGAGCAGAUGCGGCGCGCGAAGGGCAUGAAAAAGGGAAAAAUGGCUGGGUAGUAUGGGAGAGGGUGGUGAGAGGACCACGGGGUCGUGGUCGUUGGGAUGGAACAAAAUCUAAAUCAUUUUUUUCGGAGUUGUUCUGUCGAUCGUCUAGAAAGUCAAAGGGGUCAAAUCCAAAUUCUUCAAGUCAAGUUGUACCCAACAUUCUUCAUUAUCGUUGUACUAUAGCGUCAGUACGUUUAUUUCUCACAACUACUACUACAUCUUCCCUGAUGAGUACUCAAUUGCCUUACUCAACUCAGUCCUCCGAAAAUCUGUCUUUUGUCGUGAAUCCGAAUCGAAGCAUAGAUUCUCGACCUACCGAAAAGUUUUUAUGAAUGUCAAGAGAGUCCUCAGCCUCACGAAUAGUACAAUAUUAAACAAGGAAUCUACAACUGCACCAGCGGUACUUUGUUGAGAACGUUUUACUCCCCCCCAGAUAGAAAUAAUAAGGUAUGAAGCAGACACGUCGACGAAAGUGAGCAAAUAGCCAACCCACCUAGAAUCACUGUGUUGAUGGUGAUAUUACACCAAGCGCUGGACCACGACAAAUAAAAGCAGUGCUC